GGAUUUUUGGGUUGGAGAAAAGGCUCUUUCUCUGUUUCUUCGUUUCAAAGAAGAAGAAGAGAGUCUGGAUCAGCACGUAAUCUGUCUCACAUUCUCAUAGAUCUCUCUCUGCACCUUCUGCUUCCAUUUCUACUUCCAAGAGCGUUUCAUUCUGUUCCAACCACCCGCAAUGUGGAGGUUCAAGCCUUUUAUGCACAAGGAGCCAGCUGGUCUUGAAGGCCGCUCUCUCGACGUUGGGACACUCAAGAUUCAUGUGAGGAAUGUCAUUGCUGAAGGAGGGUUCUCUUGCGUUUACUUGGCCCGGGACCUUGUCCAUACCUCAAAGCAGUAUGCUUUGAAGCACAUCAUUUGUAAUGACGAAGAGCUGCUCGACUUGGUCAUGAAGGAAAUCUCCGUCAUGAAGGUGCUCAGAGGACAUCCCAAUGUUGUCACUCUCUAUGCCCACGCCAUCAUGGAUUCGGGCCGCACUAAGGAGGCCCUACUUGUCAUGGAAUAUUGUGACAAGUCUCUGGUUACUGUACUGGAUAACCGAGGAGCUGGGUUUUUUGAUGAGAAUCAGGUCCUCUCUAUCUUCAGAGAUGUGUGUACCGCAGUUUUUGCAAUGCACAUGCAGUCCCCUCCCAUUGCUCAUAGGGAUUUAAAAGCAGAAAAUCUUCUGUUGGGGUCAGAUGGACUAUGGAAAUUGUGUGAUUUUGGAAGCACUUCCACCAACCACAAGCGCUUCGAGAAGCCUGAAGAAAUGGGUAUUGAAGAAGACAUUAUCAGAAAGCACACAACACCUGCCUACAGGGCCCCUGAGAUGUGGGAUCUAUUUCGGAGAGAACUCAUCAAUGAGAAAGUGGACAUAUGGGCUCUUGGCUGCCUUCUCUUCCGCAUUUGCUACUUCAAAAGUGCAUUCGAUGGAGAGUCAAAGCUGCAGAUCUUAAAUGGAAACUAUCGCAUUCCGGAGUUACCUAAAUACAGCUCAUCGAUUACAGAUCUCAUCAAAGACAUGCUUCAGGCAUCACCAGACGACAGACCAGACAUCACGCAGGUGUGGUUUCGUGUUAAUGAGCUGUUACCAGUGGGUUUACAGAAGCCGUUACCUGAUGUGCAACCUGAAAUGCUUUGUUCUGGAAAACAUGAAGGUUCUUCAAGGCCCGCAAACAAGUCCCCGGAAAUGCCUCGCAGAAGCCCACCCCCACCACCUGCGGUGGGAGAAUCAGCUAGAAAUCCAUCACAACUGUCAAAUAUGGCCAAGGCGGGAGGUGGAGGGCCACUUGGUGCAUUCUGGUCCACUCAGCAUGCUGAGGAGUUGCUUGUUACUGAAGAAAAGAGUAUACCUAAGUUUGAUGAUUCUACUCAUCCUUCACCCAAGAAUGGUUCUCGUGCAAAAGUGGAAAAUACUCCACCAUAUGCUGCACCGCACAAGCAUGAAGAUGGAAUUCCAAAGGACAUUGAAAUAAAUUUCUUCCAGAAGGAUACCAACCAUGGUGCUGAGAGGCCGAAGGCAUCCAAGCCUGAAAAUGCAACUAGUUUUCAAGAUGAUGCAUUUAGCUCCUUUGUUGCUGAUUUUGAUACUACUAAACUCAGCAUUGGAACUGGUAAUAGUAAAUCAGGAAAAGAAGAAGCCUUAGGAACUGCAGUAGAGAGAUUGAAGGAGAAGCUGAGCCAAGCCAACUUAGAAAAGGCUGAAAUAACUUCCAAAUUUGAAAAGCUAUCAGCCAUCUGCCGAUCUCAAAGGCAAGAGUUGCAGGAGCUUAAGCAGAUGCUUGCAGCUAGAACACCGUCACCGAAUAAAGAUGCUUUGAGAAAUCAAACCUCACCUGGCAUUCAGUCAUCUGCAACCCCACCGCAGAGGAAGGAGAUAGAAGGAACCAUUUAUGAACUCCAGCAGAAUAAAUCUGACAGGAAAACUCCGAGUCCAGAAGCAAAGUCAUGGCAGCCGUUUGCAGAACCACCACAGGCUUCUUCAUCAGACAACAGUGUCAAAUCUGUCAGGACAAGAAAUGGUCAGCAGAACAAGCAAGCUACGACUCAAGUAAAUACUGGUGUUGAGUCGUGGGGUUUUGGAACAGAGAGCUUUUCUGCUGUGCCCACUGGAAGUGCUCAGAUAUCAAGACCUAUGGGUGAAGGAAAUAUGUCUCAGCGUUUUGGUGACGCUAAGGCUAUGGAGAGCAAGCCAGCUUCUCAACCUGCUGGAUGGGCUGGUUUCUAAUAGAGAGCCAUCUGGUGUACUUUCUGUCAGGAGGUUUGAUGACAACCCUGACAUUUGUUGUUGCAACAUUCCCGGAGGCAAGUGAGGGUGGAAAGCAAAGUGGUGCAUGCCUUUGAUUUGAAUUUGAGUUGUGCUUUUGAGUGCUCUGUGUUUUAUAGAAUUUGUGAUACCUCUUCUGUUGUAGAACAUGUACACAUGUUUAUCUGGACCAAGUAACAGACUUCAAGUGUAUACUAAGCUGCAUAUGUGAAUUGUUGGCUAUGACAAUAAUCUGUUUUAUAGGUUCCCAUCUCUGAUGAA